AUGUCCCCGCAGGACUUCACCCAGCAAACAUGCACGCGCAUGAUACAAACAGCUGAGCUAAAACAUUAUUAUUGGCUCACAAUUUUUCUCCCUUCGUUUUAUUUUACGCAGAGACAACUCUCCCAGCAGGAGAUUUAGGUGCGCGCGCGCACGCGCCAGAGAGCAAGAGAGAGACAGAGGGAGCACUCUGCUUUGCUGACACUGGGGGAGGACAGUCCGCACUACACCCCGUGUGUCCCAGACAUGCGUGGAUACCUAGCGUGAUCGGCGGAGAUCCAUGGAGAUAGUUUAGUGGAAAGUCCAGUAACAUUUUACAUGAAAACAGAUCUUCCCUGAAGGAGCACAGACAGGCAGAAAAACGCACCCCAGCCUUCGCUCAACUGCAUGACCAGCGAAUGAGCCUUGUUCAUGCGUCUCCCUGCGUUCCACUCCCACAUCACUAUGAACUGUGAGCAGGACUUCGGAGAUGGGGGCUUGGGAGUGACCCUCACUCUACGACUGCUCAUGCAUGGAAAGGAGGUUGGAAGCAUCAUAGGAAAGAAAGGAGAGACUGUGAAACGAAUACGAGAAGAGAGCAGCGCACGUGUCAACAUCUCAGAGGGCUCCUGUCCAGAGAGGAUCAUCACCAUCACUGGUUCAACAGACAGCGUGUUCAGAGCCUUCACCAUGAUCACAUAUAAACUGGAAGAGGAUCUAACUGCGUUGGUGGCCAAUGGGACCAUCAGCUCCAAACCACCUGUCACUCUUCGUCUGGUCAUCCCCGCCAGCCAGUGUGGCUCGCUGAUCGGGAAGGGCGGAGCAAAAAUUAAAGAGAUCAGAGAAAGCACUGGAGCUCAGAUCCAGGUGGCAGGGGAUUUGCUUCCCAACUCUACUGAGCGAGGGGUGACGAUAUCGGGGAACCAAGACUCUGUAAUCCAGUGUGUCAAACUCAUCUGCACUGUAAUCCUGGAGUCUCCACCAAAGGGCGCCACCAUCCCCUAUCGACCGACCCCCUCACCUGCUGCCCUCCUCAUUGCAGGAAACCAGGUUUUUGAGGCAUCUGAUUUUGCACCACACCCUCUGUACUCAGUCACCCAAGGUGGCCUGGACCUCCAGCAGGCAUACGCUUUGCAAAACCAAUAUGGCAUUCCACACUCAGAGCUGGCCAAGCUGCAUCAGCUGUCAGUGCAGCAAGGCCUGAGUCCCAUUGCCCAGCCAGCCUCCACAAUCAUGCCCGGAAUGGACUCAACCUCGCAGACGUCUCAGGAGCUGCUGAUUCCCAAUGACUUGAUUGGCUCAAUCAUCGGCCGUCAGGGCACGAAGAUCAAUGAGAUCCGGCAAGUGUCGGGAGCUCAGAUCAAGAUCGGGAGCCAGCUGGACGGGACAAGCGACCGCCAUGUCACCAUCACAGGAACACCAGUCAGCAUCAACCUGGCCCAGUAUCUCAUCACCUCUUGCUUAGAGACAGCCAAGUCCACAGCCCAGGCAGCCACCAUGCCAUCUCCAGUCGACCUUAACAUGGCCUUCACUCAGCCGGCCUCUCCAGCAGCCUCCCCUGCACCUACCCUGACCACCGUGGGGACACUGACCCCAGCUCAUGUGCUCGGCACCCCUUACGGCGCCAUGCCCCUCUCCGGGUUGCUCGGGAUGAAAUCCGUCCCCUUUCUGACUCUGUCCAGCCCUGCCCCCACUGUGGCUGUCACUGCAGCACCCUCCCACUCCACUCUUGCCGCAUACACGGCCAAAAUCUCCUCAGCCAACUGCAUUAAAAAGCCAGAGAGACAGAAGUUUGCUCCGUAUUGAUGAAGCCUCCACGUGUGCAGAGUCAGAUGAAGGACACCUGCAGUGUUCUUCCACAAAUGCCUGAUGUAGCCAUAAACGCCAGAAGAGAUGCUCCUGACUUGGAUUCUGUGAUGCACCAAUAGAGACCAAUGGAAAAUGCCAUUUACUGCUAUUUACAAUUAUGGAUAAUUUAUCAGUUUCCCAUCAAUCGAUGAUUUUAUCAUUACCAUUAUUCUUGGCAUAAAAGGGCUGGAACUUAACCUGAGAGACACAUGUUUAACGCUUUAUUCAUGCGUGUCUCAAGUUAGACGUCAGCAAGUAUUUAUUCCCCAGUAAAUUUGUAAGUUGUAUUCAGAUGACAAAUGAUGCUUUUAUACGUCUGUUUGCCUGUUGAAGUUUGUAAGAAAAUUUAUAAAUGUCCAAUGGGAGUUUUUUUUUUCUUUUUUCUAAUUAAUCUGUGCAAUGGUACUGUACUUUACUUUAUAGCAAUGUCUGUUUUGUUGGUUUUAUUUUGAAUGUGAAACCUGUUAAUCUUUAUUUAUUUGUAUUGUUUCAUUUAUUAAAAAUCUUUGUUUCCUGACAUGGCAGAUGUA